AUGGCGCGCAACAAGUCCCACAAACAGCGUUUUAGCUCCAAACAUGCACUUUCUGGGAAGGCCCAGGGACGCUCCGUCAAUUCACACGCCAUGGGUGCAAAGACAUUUCGUACUGUGGACUUGAAGGAGCGUCUUCGGCAAAAUGUGGCAUCGCAGCGUAAAAGAUCUGCCUUGGCUCUUCAAAAGAAGCGAAUGGGAAGCUCCGCUGGUGUUCCACGAGUGAUCGGGGUGAUUCCUGCAAAUGAAUCCGGAAAUACGGAUUUGGUUAUUCAGGGCAUGUGCCAGGCUAUGGGCGGUGCUAAACCCGACACAUGCUUUCCAUUUACUCUGGCGUCUAAAGAAAAAAAGAUGAGUUUCACAUUUAUGUGGGAAACCCAAUAUAAUGAUCAGGAUUGUAUUGAUGUUGCGAAGGUUGCCGAUUUUUUGAUUCUCACGUUGGACGCCUCUCAAUCAGUUCAACAGACGAUACGAGAAUUGCAGGACGCCCCCGCUAUUGACGAUGAUGAGGGUUGCUCCAUGGUUAGUGGGACGACGUGGUUUGGAGAUAUUGGCUUAUGCAUUACCGACUUUACAAGGAGUGUAGUUACUGCCCUAAAUGCGCAAGGCGUACCGAGCAUUGCGGUGGUUUUACAAAAUUUGGACACUUUCACUGAAAAACAACGUCAAAAGGUUUUGCGAGUGCAUCAACGUUACUUUACUUCCGUUCUUCCAGAUACGACAAAGACCUUUGCUAUUAUCGAGGGUCACGAGUAUGACGCAUUGUUGCGCCAUCUACAAGUUACCAAGCUGCGUCCUUUGUUGUGGCGUGAGCAACAUCCCUACUUGGUGGUUGAACAAGGCAGAUACUUUAGUGAUACUCAGAAGUUAAUAAUUGGAGGUUAUUUAAGAGGGAUGCCGCUUUCUGCUAAACAACUAAUCCAUCUCACUAAUCACGGAACGUACCAAAUUGAGAGUAUUGCUUUCAAUGAACCAACCGCUGGGGAUCCCCAGUAUGCGGAUUUCUCUGAGGUGGAGCAGCGAGAGUCACUAGAGCAUGUUCAAGCUAAUGCGACGCUUGAAGAUACUGAAGGACCCACAGAAGAGGAUUUGGCUUAUCACCACGCAUUGGGCGCAAAAAAGAUUAAGGUUCCUGAAGGAGUAUCAGACUAUCAGGCAGCGUGGUAUGACCUUGAAGAAAAUGAGGUUGCCGACGAAGCCCCCAUGCCAAUUACUUCAGUGGGAGAAGAAGACGCAUUUGCUGGUGCGGAAUUCUUGUCACAUCGAACCUCAAAAACAGACGUGGAUUUUCUUAAAUUGGAAGAUAUUAUUCGCUUGGAGCGCAUGACAGAUGAUGAGCGCGCGGCAGAAAUUCAAAGAAUUCGUGAAGAAGGCGAAGAAGAUGCAUGGAAUCCUGACAUGGUCGAUACACCUUUGAAUUUGCCCGCUAGACAACGAUUUGCAAAAUACCGUGGCCUAAAAAGUUUUCCAACGGGUAAAUGGGACCCUACAGAGAAUCUUCCACCACAUUACGCUUACAUAUACAAGCUGCAAGGUAUUACACGGAUUCGUAAGGCCGCUUUAGCGAAAUGCGCUGAGGGUCCUGUUGGUAUUGAUCAAUUUGUUUACAUUACUCUUGUAGGGGUUUCAAAAGAGGUCUGGGAAAACGCCAUGACUAGUGGCUAUAUUAUCGCCUCGGGCCAGUUGGAACACGAACAAAAGUGGUCUGUACUACAUUUUCAGGUUCAAAAAAAUGCAGAAUGGGAAGAGCCAAUCAAGUCAAAGACCCCCAUGUUGGCGCACAUUGGAUUCCGGAAGUUUUACGUGUCUCCUUUGUUUAGCGAUAUUACGGCAUCUGAUCGCACCAAAUUCGCGCGUUUUUUCCAUCCUUCUGAGAAUUUUCGCCUGGCCUCAUUUUUUGGACCAAUUUCAUAUCAACCAUGUCCGAUUCUUUUGUUUGAGGUACCUUCCUUGGAGGAACAGGAGUCCGGAGAUUCUCUACGGUUAGCAUGCUUUGGUGGCGCGUUACCGCCGAAUCCGGAUCUUUUGAUUUUAAAGCGCGCGGUAUUGACUGGCCGUGUGGCGACGAUCCACAAGAAGCAAAUUGUGGUGAAGUACAUGUUCUUUAACGAAGAAGAUGUGCGGUGGUUUCAGCCUGUGGAUUUGCAUACUCGUAUGGGAAGGCGAGGCAAGAUAACCAAAGCUGUGGGAACUCAUGGGUUAUUUAAAGCCGCUCUUAAUGAUCAAGUCAUGCAACACGACCUUGUAUGCAUGGAUCUUUACAAACGCGUUUUUCCCAAAUGGACAACUUUGCCCUUUAAUAUCUCCGAGAUAACAAAUUAUUCAAAUGAAGAGGUGUAA